AUGGAAUCUGCAUCUCCUCCGUUUCCCUCGUCGACGGAACUCAAAAGAUACGCCAAGCAGCCCGGAGUGGAGCAGCCGGCGUUGUCUCCGUCGAGUUCCGUGAGUCGUUCUUCGCAAGACGGUAGCAAAGACGACCAACAGAAAGAUUCUGUAUGGCUGAUUGGAGAUAGUCGGUUCACCUCCCACGCCGGAGCUCGUGUCAACGUUCAACAGCUCUACCCGGGCUAUGUUGUGCACAGCGCAGGACGGGUGGUGUAUCCGGACGAGAGCGGUUAUCUGACUGCUGAAGCAGGCGCCACGUACGAGCUCAAGGACUGUCUCUCUACUCCUGCUCGCAGUAUGGUUUCUGCGUAUUCAUCCCUUGCCGCAGGCUCAUGCCUGAGCCCGUACUAA